CGGGAAGGGCCACCGCGAGCAUCUGCUGGAAAGAAAGAAAAAGAGAGAGAGAGAGAAAGAGAGAGAGAGAAGCACCGGUUCCAACUCCACCGUCCCGCCGAGCAAGCAGCAAAACCGCCGCCGCUUCGCCCAAGCCAGCGCCCCUUUCUCUCGCGCUUUCUCCACCGCUCAUCCUCUCCGCCUUUGCCCGCUCGCCCGGCGCGAUGCCGGUCAAAGGAGGCACCAAGUGUAUCAAAUACCUGCUCUUCGGCUUCAAUUUCGUCUUCUGGCUUGCUGGCACGGCUGUCCUCGCAAUUGGACUAUGGCUUCGCUUUGAUCCACAGACCAAAGAAAUCUUCAAAUCGGAGCAAGAUACUACGGCUUUUUCCACAGUGAUUUACAUUCUCAUUGGUGCUGGCGCCCUCAUCAUGCUGGUUGGCUUCUUGGGAUGCUGUGGAGCAAUACAGGAGUCCCAGUGUAUGCUUGGCUUGUUUUUCACCUUCCUCCUCGUCAUUUUUGCCCUUGAAGUAGCAGCGGCCAUCUUGGGAUUUUCCAACAAAGAAAAGGUCCCUCGAGAAGUACAGAAAUUCUAUGAUUCCUUAUUUGACAAACGGAAGGACCCGAAUGUGAGAGCCAGUCUAAAGGCCUUCCAUAUUACAUUUAAUUGCUGUGGUCCGUCUGGUGUGCGCGACCCUGAUUAUCAGGAUACCUGUCCUGAAGACCCCAAGCCAUGCCCUGUAGCUAUUGAUGACUUUUUCAAAACCAAGAUGAAUCUGAUUGCAGCCGUUGGCAUUGGAGUUGCUGUGGUGAUGAUCUUUGGUAUGAUCUUCAGCAUGAUUCUUUGCUGCGCUAUCAGAAGAGACCGAGAAAUGGUCUGAAGUCAUUUUAGAGCGUUUACUCCCUUCAUCCAAAGAAUCUCCAGUUAUUAACUUCGCAUUUUAAAUAGCAUUUCUAAAAGUAUAUAUUUCGUUUUUAAAGGCUUUAUUUAGUUUGGAUGUCUUUUUUUUUUUUUUGGCUCUGUAUGUUUAUAAAUCUUAAAAGGAAUCUACUCUUGGAAAGAUACUAUAUUUGUAAAGCUAAAGCCCAGCCCCACUUGUAUAUAAAGUUUUUUGUCUCUAAAUUGACCGUCUUGCUUCCUUUAAGCUUAAAACUGGGAUGUAAUUUAAGUUGGAGAAAUUUUCAUACUUAAUAAAGAUUUAAGACCACG